CUAUAACCAAAACACCACACAGGAAACACAAAAACAAAGAAGCCUUCUUUCUUUCUCUCUUCACUUUAGAGAGGCCAAACUCCCUCUUCUUAAUGCUUGUUUCCUAUUUCACAGAUUUCUGAAUCUCUCAGGAUUUGUUGGAACCGAAUUCAUGAACUAGGGCAUUAUUAUUAUCCUGCUCAUCAACAUUGUUAAUAGAGUGACUUCCAAUGCCCUUAUACAAAAGAAAGCCUUUUCCCUUGGUGGAUUCACCCGAUGAUUUGGAGCCUCGUGAUCUUGUUUUUCAAGUUCGUUUCACGAAAGAGAUAUUUAAGGAUUACCAAGAAUAUCUAAAGCGAAUCAAUCUAUAUCGCCGUAGAAUCUGGACCUGUAAGGUUACUGGAAAAGCAAACCUUACUUAUGAAGAGGCCUUGGUCUCAGAGCAACAUGCAGCUGAGAAGGUUCAACAGUUCCCGAAAGAACUAAUGGCACCCGUACUGCAUAUCAUUCAAUUCAGCACACUCACUUUGAGAGAUUUACUUGUCACUUUAAGUAGAAAACUGCAGGAGCGUCAGCUGGUUGAGGGCUUGGAGUUGCACGUGAGGAAAAAAGAUAAGUCUUUUCCUUGCAAAAUACUUAAGAUUUUGGAGGACAGUGACCCAAUCAGUUAUGAAGUGGGCUGGAUUGGCAAAGAUAAGAAAGUAACUGGUAGUUCGGUGGUAAAUUUUAAUGAUCUGAUACGAAGGAAGCUUCCUGUCAGUAGAGAGGUGCUGAAAUCUUUUAUUAGAGAAUCUACUUCUCAAAGUUCUCCGUGGGUUAUCCAUGAUAAUUUGGCAAGGGAACAUGGGAUCUCCACCAAACCACCAGAAGAUUCAAAUGACGAUGAUGACGAUGCGAGAAAGAAAAAAAAUAAAAGGAAAGAACCAGAGGAUGAUAACAGCUUGAUCAGGAGAAAGAAAGCUAAGAAAGGAGUUCUAACAGCAGAGGAAGAACCCAUUAAAUAUCCAAUUGAUGAUAGUCUAGUGAAGCCUGAUGCCGAUGAUCCUAAAUUCACUGAUCGCCCUCCUCCAUCAAGGGAUUUCGGUGUUCCGGAGGAGUAUGUCGGGGAUCUUCUUAUGGUUUGGGAUUUUUGCUCUUCCUUUGGCAGGUGGUUGCACUUGUCGCCAUUCUCACUUGAAGAUUUUGAAAGUGCUAUCUGCCAUAAGGACACCAACCUCAAUCUCAUUAUGGAAUCACAUUCAGCAUUCUUUCAGUUGCUCAUUAAAGAUGAAGGAGACUAUUUUACAGCUGUACAGAAGAAGAAGCGUAAAUCAAAGGUUACUUUACUGAAUUGGUCGGAGUAUCUAUGUGAUUUCUUGGAGAUGAAAGAGAUUUCUGAAUUCUCAACUCACAUAGCAACUAUAAAACGGGGCCACUAUGGUCUCUUGGAUCCUCAUUAUAAACUAGCCAUCUUUCGGGAGCUGGUUGUUUGUGCCCUUGAUACUGAUGCUUUUAGGGACCGGUUGGAUGACUCUAUUGAACAACAGCAGGCUCUUGCAGCGAAAAAGAGGGGAGUUGCAUUGGAGGAAGGUAGGAAGAGAAGGGAGGAGAAGCUGCUUAAAGCAGAAUCUAACGGAAAGGAAGUAUUGAAUGGGCAUAGUUUGGAGAAUGGGGGUAAGGUACACCAUUACGAGAAUGGUUCUGAUGACAAGCAGAAUGGUUCUAAUGGCAAACAGAAUGGUUGUAAUGACAAAGAGAAUGGUUCUAACAGCAAGUCAAAAGGUUCUAACGAUAAGCAGAAUGGAGAUGUUGCAGAGGAAGAAAACAAACAUAUUCUGGUAUAUAGAAGAAAAAAAGCUUGGAGCAGGGAGAGAAACAGUGUAGACGAGCCAUCAAGCAAUGAGGAACAUAAGGAGUCAGACACACGGAGCAGGGACAAAAGAAAUGAAGCGAAGGAAAAUAGAAACGAAGGGCAGACGAAAGAAGUUCUACAGAAGGAAAUAGAGAAGUUAUAUGUAUGUACCUACUCCUUGGGGAAGGACAAAGACUACAAUAGGUAUUGGUUCUUUCGACAUGAAGGGCGGCUGUUUAUUGAGAGUUCUGACUCCAAGCAUUGGGGUUACUACAGUGCCAAGGAAGAGCUUGACGCAUUGAUGGGUUCACUCAAUCCAAAAGGUGAGAGGGAGAGGGCUCUUCAGAAACAGCUGCAGAAAAGCUAUGAUAAGAUAAGCCUGGCCUUGCAGAGGAGGUCGAAGGGUAUUGCUUUUAACAUUGCUUUGGAAGAGGCUGUUGUUCGGCGAUCAACGCGUGUGCAUGCCUCAGUAAGAGAUAAUCCAGCCAAGGCUUUCCUGAGAUAUGUCAACAAGUGGAAGGAAUAAUUCAACUGUCUGCUAGUUGUUGUUUUUUUUUUUUUGAGAGAAGGUUAAUAGCCUAUUUUUAUUUUUAAAGGAAAAAAAGGUAGUCUGGCCCAGUUUCUACAGACGACACACAUCUUACAAUUUACAAUCAGUCGCUUACAGCUUCCCAAACCCAAAGUUAACCUGAA